CAGGCUGUGUUUUGGUCCCGGUUAGGUGUACCAGCGUAGACGCAGACUGUCGUUCACCAGAGCAACACAUGUAACAGGAAUUCGGGUCUUUCUAUCUUUUCAUUUAGUGUGUGUGAAAGAAAAAUGUUUUCUUAGCAUCCGGAGGCUCUCCCCCCGACCCGUCAUGACCUCAGCGGGCGGCCCCUCCACUUGAAUGGGAUCCCUCAUCGCGUCUCUGUCGCUUGUUUUGACUCCGACCGUCUCCGCGCCGCUGCGUCCGCCGCUCCAACACCCGCUCCUCCUCGGAUCAGUGCGCUUCCCGUGUCUCCUAUCGGUUCAUUAAUGGUUUGCUGUAAAGUCUGACCGACAGAAGAGCGACGACGCCAAGUCUCCGGUAGCCUGCGCUUCAGGGCCUCGGCUAUGGGGGGAUCCAAGAGUAAGCCCAAGGAUGUAGGCCAGCGAACUCGCAGCCUCGAUGGCAACCUCAGCUCUGGGGGAGGGGCCGGCGGCCACCACCUCAACUCUGCCCAACAGUCCCUAACUCCCAAUCGCAGCCCCAACAUGGAUGGAGGUGGAAACUCGUCAAUGACCAAUAAUGCAGAGCUGGCCCUGUUUGGAGGCGUGGACAAUAACAGUGUCACCUCUCCUAACAGAGUCACACUUGCAGGAGGCGUGACAACAUUCGUGGCUUUGUAUGACUAUGAGUCUCGAACAGCUUCCGAUCUGUCUUUCAGGAAGGGUGAACGCCUUCAGAUCGUAAAUAAUACGAGGAAGGUGAACUGCAGAGAAGGGGACUGGUGGCUGGCGCGCUCCCUGGACACCGGAGAGAGCGGUUACAUCCCCAGCAAUUACGUGGCUCCAUCCGACUCCAUCCAGGCAGAAGAUCAUCUCAAACUGACUCUAGAGUCCAGGUGGUACUUUGGAAAAAUCACGCGCCGUGAUUCUGAGAGGCUGCUGCUAAGUUUAGAGAACAGGAGAGGGACUUUUCUGGUGAGAGAGAGUGAGACCACCAAAGGUGCCUACUGUCUGUCCGUACUGGACUAUGACAACACCAAAGGGCUGAAUGUGAAGCACUACAAGAUCAGGAAGCUGGACAGUGGCGGCUUCUACAUCACAUCACGCACACAGUUCAGCACCCUGCAGAUGCUUGUCAACCACUACCGCAAGCACGCUGACGGACUGUGUCACAGUCUAAGCGACAUCUGUCCUGUUCUGAAGCCUCAGACUCAGGGCUUAUCCAAGGAUGCCUGGGAGAUCCCACGAGAGUCUCUCCGUCUGGACCUCAAGCUUGGACAGGGCUGCUUUGGAGAGGUGUGGAUGGGGACAUGGAACGGUACCACACGGGUGGCAAUCAAGACCCUGAAGCCCGGCACGAUGUCCCCCGAGGCCUUCCUGCAGGAAGCUCAGGUCAUGAAGAAGCUGAGACAUGAAAAGCUGGUCCAGUUGUACGCGGUGGUGUCGGAGGAGCCCAUCUACAUCGUCACGGAGUACAUGGGCCAAGGCAGCUUACUGGACUUUCUGAAGGGGGACAUGGGUAAGAUGCUUCGCCUCCCUCAGCUGGUGGACAUGGCCUCACAGAUUGCUUCGGGGAUGGCGUAUGUGGAGAGGAUGAACUACGUGCACAGAGACCUCAGAGCUGCUAAUAUCCUGGUGGGAGACAACUUGGUGUGUAAAGUGGCUGACUUUGGUCUGGCUCGCCUCAUUGAGGAUAAUGAAUACACUGCCAGGCAAGGAGCCAAGUUUCCCAUCAAGUGGACUGCCCCUGAAGCUGCACUGUAUGGGCGCUUCACCAUUAAAUCUGAUGUCUGGUCGUUUGGGAUCCUGCUGACAGAACUGGCCACCAAAGGCCGAGUGCCCUACCCAGGUAUGGUGAACCGGGAGGUGUUAGACCAAGUGGAGCGCGGUUACAGGAUGCCGUGUCCAACAGAGUGUCCUGAGUCUCUCCAUGAGCUGAUGAUGACCUGCUGGAGGAAGGAGCCUGAGGAGAGGCCGACCUUUGAGUACCUGCAGGGCUUCCUGGAGGACUACUUCACCUCCACAGAGCCUCAGUACCAGCCUGGAGAGAACCUGUAACCGGCCUGAAGAUGUUUACAGAUGUGCAAAACUGAGCAUCUGCUUUAAAGUGCAGGGACUAGUGUGUGUGUGGAUGCGUGUGUUUGUUCCUACAACGGGGCAGAAAGCCGACAUCAUUCUGGCUACAAUCAGUGUCUCUCUCCGACAUGAAGGAGUGUCAGUGAGACGUCAAACCAAUCCAGUCUUUCCAAAGUCAUUCUCUCCAAUAUGUUUUCCCCGAGGAACUAUUUUCUUAUACAGAACUUGUCAAUCAACUCUACUUCUAAACAGGUUUGUUUACCCUCCCUGUGUUUGUAAGGUGUGUUCUUUGUGUUAAUUCCCCUGACUAAUCUUGUAGUUUACCAGCAUCUGCCACCGCAGAAGAACAAGGGAGUCCAGACAAUGAACACUGGAUUAAAGUAUUGUCCUGCUGACAACACUACUACAGGAGAUUUGCUUUUACUACUCUUGGAUUUGAAACACACACAGUCAGACCCGGAAAUUACCUUGGACCUCCAGUCAUUUGUUAACAUGUUGUUGGUCUUUAUUUUUUAUUUUGAGAUUAGACCUUGGUCGUCUGGAAAACCCUAUAUCCAGGCUUCCCCUGUGCAACACUGAGUUAUAGUUAUGUGAGAUUUUGUUUGGGAGUAACACUCUGAAUUCCCAUUAGAGAGUUUAGUCUGACUCAACAAUUUGACAAAUUAUCGCUGUGACCAACAUACAGCUCAACACAAAGAAGAGACGAGGCGGAGCCUGCGUCUGGUUUCUUCUAUUCUCUAAAAACAAACGGCUACUGAUCACUAAAGCUCAUCUCAGGAUGGAGAAGACAAGAAUUCUGCUGCAAGGAUUUUUGUGCCAAUGAAAAUCUCUUUUGUACUCCGUUCUACUGUGUUAAAGUGUAUUUUGUAACUUUUCUUAUAAUGAUCAUGAGUCAUAUAAAGAGAUUAUAAUGUUCCAAAAGGAUAAUCCACUGUUUUGACAUCCUGCGCCUGUGUGCAGUAGCGUCUAGCUCAGCAGCGUGGCUUUAAUGAGCUGAUUUGUUCUCAAGCAUUCAAAUUAAAAUCAGGUGAAUCUUCUUUCAUGUCUCCUUUCAGUUCUGACCUACAUUAGUGUGAUUUUUAAUCAGCGUUUCUUUUCUCUAAUGAGUGCACAAUCUUACACUGGAAAUAUGUUUGUGAAGAGGAUAAAUGAGCUGUUUUGUGUUCAUUUAGGCCGUCUACAAAGCUUUCCCAUCAACACAUACAGUAAGCAUGUAUAGCGAAUGAAUUGGCAUCUUGAAACUUUACUGUAAAUAUCCUGAAUGCUAAUAUUUUGUAUAUAUCAUCCUUAUAAUUUAUUCCUUUUUAAAAUAACUUUCAGCGUCAUUGCUCAAAUCGGUUCAUGGUACUUUCAUGGGUUAAUGACAUCCAAUCAUAGUGACAUUAAAUGAAUAUAUAUAUAUUAUAAAACACUUUUUCAUUACAACAAUGUUUAUUUGUGCAUGUAUUUCUGUGAAACUUCAUAUCGACAGUCCGCGUUGAGGAGAGGUCGCACUGAUCAUAUUUCUUUUUUUGUCAAAGCAGUUUGUCACCUGUUUGAUACUGAUAAUCUACCAGCAUACCACACAUAAUACAAUCAAUAGCACAAAUGUUUACAUAGUUGAUUAUCUUCAGACCCUUUUUGUGCUGCUUUACUGUAGAGGCUGAGAAGUGAGCAGGUAGUCAUGUGUCACGAUUCUUGUCAGAUAUUUUUUUUUUUAUGAGCGCACCUGACCAUGCUCGUUCAGUGGUGUGAUUGGAUUCCAUAAAACACUACUGAUUAAGAUGAAUUAACUCCAUACAGAGGAUGAUGCAGCUGCAACAUAUGGAAGGAGCUUGAUAUCUGUGUAGUGUCUACUGUGUCCUGUGGGCUGCAUUGGUGUAUUGGUCAGGUUUGACAUCAUUUGUUUUCUGCUGUUUCAUUGAAUGUUUAUGAGCGCAAAUCGGGAGAAGAUGCAUGUAAACGGUCAUAUAGUCAGUAUGCAGCCUUGCUUAUGAGCCAAGGACAUUUCCUGUGGGGUUCUGGGUUUCCUUUCUGACUAUGCAGAUAUUUUUAAAAUCUGUGAUUCCUGUAUAUGUACAUAUAUAUAUAUAUAUAUUCUCUUUUCUACUGUAUUCAACGGGACUUUUCACACGAAUGACUAUUUGUAAAAUCCCACUGAAUAUUGUUCAAAUUUGAAAUUACAUUUGAAUAAAAUUUGUAUAUUGACA